CACGACACUUGACACCAUCCGGCAACGACGAUAAUUCUACGAAAAUACAAAACUUAUAAUCUUCAUAUUCUGCUGCCUUAAUAUCUCAAGCAGGUCUUUGGCUAAAGAGGCGUCAGUCACCCCUGGUCCAUGCCAUUGCAGCUAGUCGGACUCUAUAUCUGGCAGUGCGCGAUACUAAUAAACACAUACUCGUCAUGACGGUCUUCUCCCUAAUCAUCAUUAACAAAGCCGGAGGCCUGAUAUACAAUCGAAGUUUCCACGAAGGCGGGCUCAACACGAUUAGCACAAAUGAUUACCUUGUCUUAGCAGGAACAUUUCAUGGCGUUCACGCCAUUACAGCCAGAUUAAAUCCAGUAAAGCCAAUAGCCCCUCCGACACCAGCUGGUGGAAUACCGAUACGCCCAGAACCAUCGUCCGGCUUGGAAGUGCUGGAAACUGAAAACUUCCGAAUGCAAUGCUUCAACACCAUGACCGGCACCAAGUUCCUCCUCUUUACAGACACGACACAGACGAAUGUCGACGUUACAAUCAGAAAGAUAUAUGACUUAUAUGCGGAUUAUGUUAUGAAGAAUCCGUUUUAUUCGCUCGAUAUGCCCAUCAGAUGUGAUAUGUUUGAACGCAAACUCUCAUCGUACAUACGCGAGAUAAAUAGUCGAUAGAAUCCAAAUCAAAACUCACAAAGAUUCCCCAUACAAAACAUUGACAACCUGGCUCUUCUGUAGUGUUUAAUUUCUUUGUUUCAUUCUAAGACGUGUCUUGAUGUCUAUUUUACAAUGCCAAAUUGGCCAAAUAUCAUAGCCUCAGGACAUGUCCACGUCGUCACCCUUCUUCUUGUCGUCCUUUUUGCUCGACUCUCCCUCUUCUGCAAUGCCCUCCAAUGAUGCUUUAGUAGCUGCUUCCUGCUCUUCGCGAGCGCGCUUUUCCUGUCUUGCCUUCUCUUCCUCCAUACUCAUGCGCAGAGCGAGCGCCAGUUCGGGCUCCAUAGCGGGGUCAAAUCCAAAUUCGAACUCUUCAUCGCCGCCACCCAUACCGGCGCCGGCGCCAGAGGCUCCUUCUCCGAGAAGAAUUGGGGUCGCAAUAAGCUGGUCGCUCAGAAGCUUGCUACUAGGAGGGAUGACAACAAAGUGAGAGCCUUCGUUGCCCUUGACGGCUUCGUUGAACACCUCAAGCUUCUUUUGUGUCGCAUCGUCAUCAAGCUCUCCGAACAGGACGAAAUCAACAAUAAUGUUUCCCUUCUUCAUCUUCUUAGCCAGGGUGACAAGUUCCUUUUCGCUUUCCUCGAUCGGUGAGCAGAUAAACACGACUAUUCUUUGUCGCUGUGAUCGGUUCUGACGGUGCUUGAGAGCAAGCUGAGUGUAUCGGUUAGCGCCAAUUCUAGUUCUAGAGAGUGUGGAAAACUCACAGUAGCAACCUGGAUGCCAGUCUUCAAGUGAGACGAGCCGCCAAUCUUCUUCUUUGUUCUGUGCAGACCCUCAAGGAUCUUGCCUUGCUCUGUUGUCAGCGUGACGAGAACCUCUGGUCCCUUGCCACCCAUGCUCAUGAGGCCAACAGAGGAUUCGGGGUUUCCCUGUGUAAUGCUCUGGAACAAGACAUUGACAGCAUCAACUUGGGAGUCGAAUCUUGUGGGCUGGUAGUCUCCAUUUCGGCUGCUCUCGCUGUUGUCCACAACGACCAUUACCGCCUCGAGAACCAUCUUGGCGAUCUAUUCUAAUGAUAUCCUGACGCCUAUUUCGUAUGUAAUGGUGCAAUUCGGUCGUUAAAUCGUGAGCAACUAUGCAGAAAUGCUGCUGGUGAUGGCAAAUGGGGAUUCAAGGUUGUAGUUGAGUGUGCCUGCACAGGUCGGAGCUUGAGCUGUCGUCA